AUGUCUGAAUCAGGCUUGAUCUCUUAUCAUGACCUUUCUCGUGGGACUUAUGUACAUUCGAGACCAGCAGCACCACCAGCAGCACCAACAGGUUGGCCAGGAUCGUCACCGCCAUCUCCAAUACCAGCGAAGAUCGAGAAGAAAACAAAGGCUCCCAACCCGAGUUUCCGAAACCCCACCGAGCUCAUCACUGUCGAGUUUGGCCCGGAGAAGAUAAGAUUCGUUGUUCAUAAAGAAUUCGCCUGCUAUCACUCCCCAGUCCUCAAAGCAGCUCUCAAUAGCAACUUUAUUGAAGGUCAGACGCAGACUUACACCCUCAGGGAUCCUAGAGAGACCACCGGAAGAGUCUUUGUCCAUUGGCUCUACUCUCAACAACUACUCGACUACAAUGACUGGGAGCCGAAGAGCUCUCAAGACAAACAUCUGAUACUCAUCCAACUUCAUAUGCUGGCUGACAAGCUUCUAAUUCCUCGAUUACAGAAUGCCAUAAUCCAAUUAAUGCACCAGCACAUCCGGGAGCACAAAUUGGUCUUGAGAAGGACUCUCAAGUACGUGUAUAAGGAGACUGAGACGGGAUCCUUGCUGCGGCGAUUUAUCCUACAUCUGUGUGCAUGCUAUAUGCCCCGAAUGGUGUACUCGGAGUUUCCAGACGACGUACCGAAGGAGAUGUUGCUUGAGCUAGCUUUAGAAUACCAAACAAGCUUCAGGGUCGGGGAGACGGAGAAGGCGUUUGGCAUGGUGACAAACUGGAGCCAGUACCAGGUUCUGGAGAAGUAA